AGCCAUUCUGGCUCAAGACGGGAGCCCCCUCUCCCCUCCCCCCCAGUGGUCCGGCCGCGCCCCCUCCCGUCUCCCCCGGCCGCGCACCGCCCAUGGCGGACGGCGCCGGCGAAGGCGGCGCGGUCCAGGAGGAAGAGGACGACGGCAUCGACGAGGACGUCGUGGUCAUCAUCGACAACGGCUCUGGCGUCUGCAAGGCUGGUCUCUCCUGCGACAAGGACCCGCGGGCGAUCUUCGACGAGGUGGUCGGCAAGCCCAGGAAGACGUGCAGGUCUUCGCUCGAAAAGGAGUUCUACUACGGGGACCAGGUGAACGCCGUCCGCGACAAGCUCGCCCUCAGCUACCCGCUGGAAAAUGGCAUCAUCGAGAACUUCGAGCACAUGGAGCUGCUGUGGGAGUAUACCUUCUUCGAAGCGCUGAAGGUGAAUCCCUGCAAGCACCCGGUGCUCCUCACGGAGCCGCCCUACAACCCGAAGCCGAACCGCGAGAGGAUGGUCGAGAUCAUGUUCGACGUCUUCGCCGUGCCUGCCCUGAACAUCUCAAUACAGGGCGUGCUGGCGCUUCUAGGCACGGGGCGCACCACGGGGCUCGUUCUGGACAGCGGCGAGGGCGUGACUCACACGAUCCCCAUCUUCGACGGCUACGGCCUCCCCCACUGCAUCAACCGCCUGGAUCUGGCCGGGCGGGAGCUCAACACGCUGCUGGCGAAGCUGCUCGCGCAGGAGGGCACCACGCUGACGACAACCUCGCAGCAGCACCACGUCCGGCAGAUGAAGGAGCAGCACUGCUACGUGGCCCUGAAUCCCAGCGCCGAGAUCGCGCAGAGCGUGGAGUACAGGAUCCCGGGCGAGAAGCCCAUCACGCUGACCGACGAGAGGUGGAAGUGUCCAGAGGCGCUGUUCAGCCCGUCGCUGGUAGGCGUCGAGUCCGUGGGCGUGGGAGGGCUCGUGUGGGAGAGCAUCUCCAAGUGCGAGAUCGACCUCCGCAAGAAGCUGCUGGGGAACAUCGUCCUCUCCGGCGGCUCGACGCAGUUCCCGGGCUUCGCGGCCAGGUUAGCACAGGACCUACGCGGGUACGCCCCGAGUGGCUCCAAGGCUCACAUCAAGGUGGUGGGCGCCAAGGAGUGUGGCCUGGGCCAGGAUGACCAGUCCCAGCCGGAGCGGUGCCUCGCGGUGUGGGAGGGCGCGAAGGUGCAGGCGAACCUCCGGAGCUUGCAGGAGGACCAGUGGAUGACGAUCGAGGAUUACGACGAGUACGGCGCGUCCUACAUCCACGACAAGAUCGCUCUGAAGUACAACUGACACGGUGUGCUUGCAUCGUCGAGACUUAUCCGCGCCGGUUCGGCCCGCGUUUUUCCUUUGUUCUCUUGCCUCGUCAUC